GAAAAAUCAAAGUGAUAACAUUUCAUUUCUCAUUGAAGAAAAAUAAAAUAAAAUAGGUUCACCCCAGCUACAACCUAGAACACCAAUUUUUGUCCACUGCAAUUCAAUCUCUUUGUUUGUGAAGAAUAUUGAAUUAAAAUGGGAAUUCAAGAUAAAGACCCUCUUUCACAAUUGAGUUUGCCUCCUGGUUUUCGUUUUUACCCCACCGAUGAAGAGCUUCUUGUUCAAUAUCUUUGUCGCAAAGUAGCUGGUCAUCAUUUCUCUCUUCAAAUCAUUGCUGAAAUUGAUCUCUACAAAUUUGACCCAUGGGUUCUUCCAAGUAAGGCGAUAUUUGGUGAGAAAGAAUGGUACUUUUUCAGUCCAAGAGAUAGGAAGUAUCCAAAUGGGACUAGACCCAAUAGAGUAGCUGGAUCUGGGUAUUGGAAAGCUACUGGAACAGACAAGAUAAUCACAAAUGAAGGUAGAAAAGUUGGAAUUAAAAAAGCACUUGUUUUCUAUGUUGGUAAAGCUCCUAAAGGCACCAAAACCAAUUGGAUUAUGCACGAAUAUCGUUUACUUGAUUCUUCUCGAAACAACACCGGCACCAAGUUAGAUGAUUGGGUUCUAUGUCGUAUAUACAAGAAGAACUCUAGUGCACAAAAAGCCAUUCCAAACGGCAUCGUUUCAAGUAGAGAAUACACUCAAUACAGCAACGAUUCAUCCGCGUCUUCAUCCUCCCACCUCGACGACGUUCUACAAUCACUUCCAGAAAUCGACGACCGUUGCUUCAUGCUGCCACGUGUCAACUCAUUAAGAACAAUGCAACAUCGUCAAGAAGAAGACAAGCUUAAUCUUCUUAAUCUCAAUAAUAAUAAUUUAAUGGAUUGGUCUAAUCCGUCGUCAAUUCUCAAUACAGAGUUUCAAGAAGGACAAAAUAAUGGAAUGGUUAAUUAUAGUAGUUGUAACGAUCUCUAUGUCCCUUCUGUGUCCACGAUAUGUCACGUGAACACAUCGGGGACAGAGAAGAAACCAAUGGAGGAAGAGGUUCAGAGUGGUGGAGCAAGAACAAACCCCGGAUUAUUUGAACGUGGUUCGAAUAAUUUUACUUAUUCUAAUUCGGUUGAUUCGUUUGGGUUUAGGUAUCCGGUUCAACCGGUUGGGUUUGGGUUUGGGCAAUGAAUCAGAAGGAAAGUUAGUUAGAAGAAAAAUAAUUUGUUAAUUUGUAAUAGUCAAUGUGCAUGUGGUGUAAAUAGGUUGGGAUUCUUUUGGCCUAACAAGUUUGCUUUUAGAAUUGCAAAAUUAGAAAAGUGGAAAAAUUUGAAUUUUGGUCCUCACUUUCGGCUUGAUAUGGAAGUGGGUAUACGUUCUAUGAAUCUAUUCAUGAGGAGAUGAAGUAGUGAAGGAAAUAUUUGAAAUAAUGGGUUAUACUUAGCCACAUGAAUUAAUCACGUUUUGUUGUACUUAUAAAUGAAAUAGCAAUUGGCUGCAAUGUUAGGCUUUCGUUUCAAUCU